GAGGGGGGGAAGGGCGGCUUCGUGGCCCGGGGCGUGGGGGACAGGGCCGGCCGGCCGGCCCCGUUCCCCAGGGGGGUGUUUGAGGGCGUAGCAGGGCCGGCCCCGUUCCCCGGGGUGUCUGCGAGUGCUAGAGCAGGACAGGAUCGAGAGAGCUCUCUUUGAAGAUACAUGGCUGGUACUACUUCAUACCCUCAGAAGCUGGAUAUUUGGUUUAUAAGUACUGAUAUGUUCCUGCUGAUCACUUCCCACCUGAAGUCCUAAUCUGUAGUGGCAUCAAAAUUGGUUGCUACGGAAUCAAGUGACAUGGAGAAAAUGUGUUUAAGAUGGUCCAUCCAGAAGAUUUGUUACUUUGUGAAGAUCUUGCUUUUGACUAAUAUGUAAAUACCAUGACAACUUCAAAUUGAAUUAUUUUUCUUGAAAUCGAGACUCAUCUGUUGCCUUCAUCAGAAAUGUUUUUAACAUUUUCAAGAAAAAACAUGUCCCAGAAACUGAGUUUGUUGUUGCUGGUGUUUGGAUUUAUUUGGGGCUUGAUGUUGCUGCGCUAUACUUUUCAGCAUCCAAGGCACCAAAGCAGUGCUGAAUUGCGGGAACAGAUACUAGACUUAAGUAAAAGAUAUGUGAAAGCCCUGGCAGAAGAAAAUAAGAACAUAAUGAACGGUGGUAAUGGAGCCUCAAUGGCAGGAUAUGCUGAUCUCAAAAGAACAAUUGCUGUUCUUCUGGAUGACAUCUUACAACGUCUGGUGAAAUUGGAAAACAAAGUUGACUACAUUGUUGUGAAUGGCUCAGCAACAAAUACCACCAAUGGAACCAGUGGUAAUCUGGUUCCAGUAACUACAAGUAAACGUGUAAAUGCAGCAAGCAAUAUUAGAUAACAUACAAGAUCACCUUAUGUUACUUUAUCUAUCAUAGAUUCGAUUUGAUUCAAGAAAAGCUUUUUACCUCUGGCUAGGCAAAGCAAUAGUUGACACUAACAUAUCGUACGCUGUUCUGCUAUAGAAUGUGCUGGGUACAUGCAGUCCCAACUUCUGUACAUAAGGUUCUCAAAGGAUUAAUUCGUUGCUUUCAGACAGUUCUGUUAAAGCAGUGCUGUACAAUAUUGUAUUUAAAGAUAUUCUGGUAACUUGGCUGAUGUAGUAUGCCAAAUGGGUGAUACUUUGUAAUGUUUGAAGUUAAACUAAAAUGGAAAAAUAUAUAUUCACUUCUAAAAUAUAUUUAUUUAAAUAAAAAUUUAACAUAUCUUUUUGGAUAGAUUGAUUAUAUAGCUUAAUCAUUUUUUGUGUGAACUGUUUUAAACAGGUAACUAAGGAUAAUGUAAUGUUAGAAGAUGUAUAUUAUUUACAGUACAGUAUGUUGUUACUUAUUAAUUUGCUAGUGAUAUGUUGAAGAUAACAUUGAGAUGUUUUAAAAAUUGCAACCCAAAGAAUGUCUUUAUUUGCACUACCUGCUAGAAUAGCUAGAGAGAAUUGAUUGUAUAUUAAAAAAAAUCAAUUAUAAUGAAAAUCUUGGGUAGCAACACUGUCCAGAUAUCUUUGCUCCAGAAAUAGAUCAGUUAGAUUAUCAAAGGCAAAACAAUCUCUGAUAUCAUGCAUAGCUAUUUCAUAGAAAGAUAUUUGUGUGUGUAUUUUGUAACUUCAGAUAAGUUAUUUAAGAGAUGUUUUCAUAUAUGUGAAUAUUUUUAUUCAUUGCUGUUACUUUUUAAUAUUUUAGUAUCUUGUAGUGUGUGACAAAUAUAGCACAUUAUCUCCUUAAGUUACUUUUUUAAAUAGGAGGGAGUAGGUAAAUUAAGUUGAAGGGAAGCAGUGCAUCUUGGAAUAUAUACUAAAGAGAUGCAUGUGCUAAUGGUGUUUUAUGAGGGACGUAGGUGGAAGCUAAGGUUACAUUGCCUUAUAUCCACAUUAGCCUUACAGCAAUGAAAAUUGCAGUGAGGGUGCACUAUAUUCCAAAAUGUGCUUUCUGCAUCAUAAAUGCUAAAAUGAAAGUGCCAUUCAGCCCUAUGUUUUUUAAAAACUAUAUUGAGUGGUGGUUGUGGGGGUUUUUUGUUUUGUUUUUUUAGAAUUAUGUUCAGUAAUUUUUGCUUGAAAUAUGCUGUGUAAUAGCUUUUUAAUAUUUUAUUUAAAAAAACAUGGAAUAAGACCAGAAGUGCUGGAUGACAUAUGGUCUCAAGGUUUUCUGCUUUUCUCCCUGAUGAUAGUCUGGACUGGUCUAGAGGAAAGUAGAAUAUAUAAAUAAAACUUGAGUUAGUGUCCAACUUUUUUUAUUUUGUGUUUGACAUACUGAGUGUAAACUUUUUUUUCUUCCAGGAAGAAAGAAAAUAAAAUUUUAUUUGUAUUUGUGGAAA